AUGCGUUUUGUUCAAUCGUUGGAACUUGAUGAUAACUGUAUGUUAACUGGAGCACUUAACGAUGAUGAAUUCUACUUCCCUCAAGCAAUUCGACUGACUCAUAUUCGUAUAUCUUUUUGGACUUUCAACCAAUGUGUCCAUUUACUAAUUCAAUUGGGUUCACAACUUGAUUCAUUCACAGUUACUAUAGGAACGCUUACUGAACAUCAACAUUGGUUAAUCUCUGAUAUUAGAUCGAUCUCGUGUCCUAAUUUAAAACAAAUGACGAUAACAAUGUAUCGUAAUUUUAAGAACUAUGAUGCAUGUAUUUCCCUUCUACAACGAUUAUCGAAUGUCGAAUAUUUAACAUUAUUAUUAGCUAUAGACAAAACAGAUACUACACCCGAUCAUUUUAUUGAUGGGUUUUUCUUAGAAGAAAAUAUUCUUCGAUACAUGCCUCGUUUACGUCAAUUUAAUUUUCAUAUUCGUUACAUAUUAAAAAAUGUUUCUCAUACAACAAUUGAUCAAAUUCGUCAAAGUUUUGUAAAACCGCAACAAUCAUUUGAUUAUGUAAUCGAUCAUUUCAGGAAUAACUAUAUGCAAUAUCAAAUCUAUUCACGUCCAUUUAUUGGUACUCGUCUUGAUUUUGUCUCAAAUCAAUUUCCACUCUUUGAUAAUAAUAAUACUUUCUCAAAUGUUACUAUCUUAUUACUUUUUGAUGAUGUCAAACCUUUCGAAAAUGUUUUCUUUGAACGUCUCGCCCGAGCUCUACCUCGGCUUCGAACACUCGAGAUAAUUAAUCCGCUUGAACAACGAGAAAAAACGGUAGCAACGAAAACUAACAUUGUCUUUACUCAUUUAACUGUACUAAUUUUAUACGAUAUCCACAUGGAUUAUGCUGAACUAUUUCUUUAUGAAAUUCAUCUUUCUUCUCUAAUCGAACUCGCUAUUGACAAAGAUAUAUUGUUCACAAUAAUUGGUCAAAACCAACAACGAACAAGUGACAAUUGUUCUAGAUUGGGAAUAAUACACACAUCCAAUCCAUCCUAUGAAUCAAUAGAUGCUAUUCAAAAAUUUUUUCCACGAGCUCAUUAUAUCAAGCAUGUAAAAGAUCAAAAGCAAUAA